UUCAGACCAUGCUAAAGACUAAGUUGAAUGUCCUAACUCUUCGGAAGGAGCCUCUCCCAACAGUGAUCUUCCAUGAACCAGAAGCCAUUGAGCUGUGCACCACAACUCCACUCAUGAAGACCCGGACUCACACUGGAUGCAAGGUUACGUAUUUGGGUAAGGUUUCCACAACAGGGAUGCAGUUUUUGUCAGGCUGCACAGAAAAACCAGUCAUCGAAUUAUGGAAGAAGCACACGCUUGCCAGGGAGGAUAUUUACCCAGCUAAUGCCCUUCUGGAAAUUCGCCCUUUCCAAGUCUGGCUGCAUCAUCUGGACCUCAAAGGCGAGGCAACAGUCCACAUGGAUACCUUUCAGGUAGCACGUAUAGCCUACUGCACUGCUGACCACAAUGUCAGCCCAAACAUCUUUGCUUGGGUCUAUCGGGAGAUCAACGAUGACUUGUCCUACCAGAUGGACUGCCAUGCUGUAGAGUGUGAGAGCAAGCUGGAGGCCAAGAAGCUGGCCCAUGCCAUGAUGGAGGCCUUUAAGAAGACUUUUCACAGCAUGAAAAGUGAUGGCCGGAUCCACAGGAACAGCUCGUCAGAGGAAGUGUCUCAUGAAUUUGAGUCUGAUGAUGGCUGA